GAGGAGCCCGCCGAGGCGCGGAGGAGAGCGGGCCGUCCCGCAGCCCGAGCCGGAGAGGGAGCGCCAGCCGCGCCAGCCCCGGCCGGGCCUCCGAAACCAUGAACUUUCUGCUCUCUUGGGUGCAUUGGAGCCUUGCCUUGCUGCUCUACCUCCACCAUGCCAAGUGGUCCCAGGCUGCACCCAUGGCAGAAGAAGGAGACCACAAGCCCCAUGAAGUGGUGAAGUUCAUGGAUGUCUACCGGCGCAGCUACUGCCGUCCAAUCGAGACCUUGGUGGACAUCUUCCAGGAGUACCCUGACGAGAUCGAGUACAUCUUCAAGCCAUCCUGUGUGCCCCUGAUGCGGUGUGCAGGCUGCUGCAACGAUGAGAGCCUGGAGUGUGUGCCCACUGAAGAGUUCAACAUCACCAUGCAGGUGGGUACCUACAGUGGUGGGGUGACGUGGGCAGGGGCACUCUGA